CGCUUCCCUCCACCAGCAUCAAACUAAGAACCGACUCAAGAUGCGCUUCCGAACACAACUCUCCAACGCGUCAGUUUUCUCCAAACUAACCGCCUCGCUCUCCUCCCUGGGCAAGGUAUGUUGGAUGCGCCUCGAACAAGGCUUCAUCCGCUUCACCAUCAUCCCGGACCAAGGCACGCAAGUAUGGGCCCAACUACCCGUCGACUCCAUCUUCGAAGAAGACUCCUACAUCCUCGAAUCCAACACCGGCGUCAUCAACCUCGAAGUCCCCAUCGGCUCUCUCCACCGCGCCCUCCGCUCCGCCGUAGCCGCCAAAUUCACCAACCUACGAUUAACCAAAAAAGGCAAUGUGCCUCUCCUGGCGCUGACCAUCCGCGCCACGUCCUGGACCACGGGGAAUAAUGCCCUAGGCAUUCCUGAUACCAGCAACAGCACCAGCACCACAGAUCCAUCCCCAACAACAGCAGUAUCAACAUCAACAACAACCGACCGAAGCACCGGCCCCCGCGAACGCGAAACCGUAAUCACGCAAGAAAUCCCCGUAAAAGUGCUGCACGAGUCCGCCGUGGAAGGACUCCACCAACCACGCUGUCGCGAUCCAGACGUGAAUAUCCUCCUCCCAAGCUUACUCCAACUAAAGAAUAUCUCGGAACGGUUUACCAAACUCGCUACCGAAUCCAAAUCCACCACAACCACAUCAACAACAACAACAAGUAGUAGCCCAUCCCCGAAACUCGAACUCUCGGCAACCAUGCACGGAUCUCUCCGAAUGAGUAUCGGGACCGACGCGUUCCGGAUCUCGAGUACGUGGACGGACCUGCUGAAUCCGAGUUUAGAUCCGGGACAGCUUGCGCAGGGAGAACUCGAGCAAUUACCGAGUGAACGGAUGAGAGGGAUCCCAGAGGAUGAGGAGGCCGCGUGGGCGAGAGUCCGUAUUGAUGGGAAGGAUUGGAGUCGGAUUUUGAGUGUGGGGAGACUGAAUCCCAGGGUUGUGGCUUCCUUUAUUCAUGAGACGGCGCUGGUGUUGUAUGUUUUUUUGCCGGGGAGUUGGAAUGAGGAGGAUUCGUGUUUGACGUAUUAUCUCAAUUCUUAUGCGGUGGAGUAAGGUAUAGAGUUGGGCGAGUUGUAGAUUAACAUUGGAAUGAUACUAUCUAGGGUAUGGAGCUAUGUUCAAGCGUG